UGAAGGCCUCUAUGAUCAUCUCAGCGCUUGCUGCCAUCGCAGCCGCAGCUCCUUUUUCAGCACCAACAGCUUUUCCAGCCCUGAGCGGCCAACCUCCGCCGAUUCCGACCGGAGGACCUCCAUUUCCUCCUCUAUCAAACAACGGCAGUUUUGCCCAACCCACAGGCCUAGGCCGUCCUCCAAGACCAUUUGCCUCCGGCUCUCUACCACCAUUCCCUAACGGCACUGCUAUAUUGCCUAUUGGCACUGCUUCAAUGCCGAUGGGUACUGCUUCAAUGCCUGUUGGUACUGCUCCAUUACCCAUCGGUACUGCUCCGUCUCUCAAUAGCACUGCCCCGUUGCCUGAUGGGAUUGUUUCCACUGUUGCUGCAAUCCCACCACGUCCUACCGACGACACUGGCUUCAUGAAACGUCAGUUCGCUGGUCUGUCCGGAAUUGCGUCUCCAAGUGGCUCAAGUGACUUGGGCGGCUUGGGCUCUCUUGGCUCAGGUUCAGGUCUCAGUGGAUUGGGCAGCGGCACUGGUGCAUCACUCCCAAGCUUCUCGAUUCCAGCAGGUCUGACGGGAUUUGGCACGACGGGUGCAUCAUUCCCAAGCUUCUCAGCGCCGGCAGGCCUUUCAGGCUUUGGCACAACAGGUUCAUCAGGCUCCAGCCUAGGCUCCUCGGGCCUGUCAGGCCUUUCUGGCUCCUCUAUUAGCAUCAAUCCCUUAGAUCUCUCCAGCUCUGGUCUCGGGGCGCGUGGGUCUGACGCUGAGCCUUUGGCUUCUCUCGCUACACCAAGCAACGCUCUCUCUGCAAGCCCGCCUUCUGUAAUUGAGCCCGUCAACGCUCCAUUGGAUGGCCCUGCUGCUGCCAUCUAGUGGCGUAGCGCCUCUGUCAGGGCUGAGAGGUAUUGCCGUGCCGGCUGAGGCUAUCGGCAACGAUGAGGCCGCAAGACUGCCUGGUGCAGAACCAUCUGGACGCCUCGUUUGAUGGAGCAGGGUCCAUAUGCAUAUCAGUGUAUCGGCAAGGUAAACCAGCAAGGCAAUACAGCUUGUACGUUCGAGGCUCGAAUCAAGCAGUAGUCCUUGCCUGCGCUUACCUGCAACUAUUACAAAUAGGGGGAAUAUGUUUGCUACGCAGGACACUUAAGGUAUAAAUACCUGCAAUUCGAGGCUGACGCUCGUUUUAUAUGUACUUCUUCUUCUUCUUCUCCGCGAAUCUGGACUGUAGCAUUAGUAUCUCCAUAGUAUAGUCGGAAUCUGCUACGCCAGACUGCCGAAAAUAUGUUCUUCUGAAUCGAAUGCUAGUACGA